AUGUCUGGAUUCCCCGGCCAGGGCCAUUACGGCUCCGCCAACCACCCUUCUGGCAAUGCGGGCUUCUCCAACGGCGGCCCCGGCCCCGGCUACGGCUAUGGCAACUACGGUGCGCCCCCAACAGGUCCCCCGGGCCCGCCUCCCCCGGGCUACGGCAACCCGGGCUACGGACCUCCUCAGAAUGCGCAAAACUACGGCCCUCCCCAGGGCAACUAUCCCCAGGGAAACCAGUACAACGGCCCCCCUCCCGGUGCUCGCCCCUCUUGGGGCUCCGGAGGUGCGUACGGCCAGAACCAACACCCGCCUCCCUCUCACCCGCCUCCGUCCGGCACCGACGCUUACGGCUAUCCAAACCAAGGCGGAGGAUACGGCAAUCAGAACAGGGUCGGGCCGCCUCCCCCCUCGGGCGCCCAGCAGUUCGGCCACGGCGCCCCCCAGGGCUACACCUUUCAGUACUCCAACUGCACCGGCAAGCGCAAGGCUCUUCUCAUCGGCAUCAACUACUUUCGCCAGGAGGGCGAGCUGCGCGGCUGCAUCAACGACGUCCACAACGUCUCCAAUUUCCUGUGCGAGAAGCACAACUACAAGCGCGAGGACAUGGUCAUUCUCACCGACGACGCCCAGAAUCCCGUGAUGCAACCGACAAAGGCCAACAUCAUCCGUGCCAUGGCCUGGCUGGUGAAGGAUGCUCAACCCAACGACGCCCUUUUCUUGCACUACUCUGGCCACGGCGGACAGACCCAAGAUCUGGACGGUGACGAAGACGACGGCUACGACGAGGUCAUCUACCCGGUCGACUUUCGCCAGAACGGUCACAUUGUCGACGACGAGAUUCACUUCCGCGUCGUCAAGCCCCUCAAGGCUGGUGUCCGCCUGACGGCCAUUUUCGACUCGUGCCACUCCGCCACCGUCAUGGAUCUGCCAUACGUCUACUCCACAAAGGGCGUCCUGAAGGAGCCGAACCUGGCCAAGGAGGCCGGCCAAGGGCUUCUGAGCGCUAUCGGGUCCUACGCCAGAGGCGACCUCGGCGGCGUGGCGAGUUCCAUCUUCAGCUUUGCCAAGACGGCGUACAAGGGAGACGACGCCUACAACAAGACCAAGGACACGAGAACAUCACCGGCAGAUGUCGUCAUGUGGUCCGGCAGCAAGGAUGACCAGACGAGCGCCGACGCCACCAUCGCCUCGCAAGCGACUGGUGCGAUGUCGUGGGCCUUUAUCACCGCCCUCAAGCAGAACCCCCAGCAGAGCUACGUUGAGCUGCUCAACAGCAUCCGCGAUGUGCUGGCCACGAAAUACACGCAGAAGCCGCAGUUGUCAUGCAGUCAUCCUCUGGACACCAAUCUGCUGUUCGUCAUGUAG